AUGCGUCGGCCGUCGCUCAACCCUUUCUAUGCAUUCACCGUCCUUGUCAUCGCACUCGGGUCGAUCCCUAAAGGAUAUGAUGAGGGUGGCUUCGCUUCAGCGUCUGGACUCGCAUCAUUCUUGACCGAUUUCGGCCUCAACAAAGGACGAUGGACUGGGGAUCCAUCUCAGUCAGCCGUUCGGAGAGCUGUUGUCUCGUCGUUGGGGGUCCUUGGUGCAGCCAUCGGAGCUGGGAUGGCCAUAUACGUCACCGACGCGAUUGGCCGGCUCCGCACCUGGCAGAUCUUCACGCUUGUGUGGAUGACAGGUUUCUUUACCGUCGCGUUUGCUUCAGGAAACGUUGGUGUGCUCCUGUUUGCGAGAAUCUGGGGAGGCAUUGGCGCCGGCGGCUUGACUGUUGUUGCACCGUUGUACCUAUCAGAGAUUGCCAAGGCAAGAACCAGGGGCAUGAUUGUGUCGGUAUACAUGGUGGUUUUGCUGACAAGUUUGAUGCUGGGGUUCUUCAUCGGCUACGCCGUCCGAAAGACGAUGGAAUCGAAUCGAGAGCAGUAUCGAGUCGUGCUUGCUGUGCCUCAGAUUCCCGUUGGAAUCGCACUCCUCUGCUCACUUUUCUUGCACGAUACACCCCGCUGGCUUCUGUCCAAGAACCGCGACGACGAGGCCCUCACUGUCCUGGCGAGGUUGCGCAAUAAGUCGACGGAAGAUGCCGAGGUGCAGAGUGAAUAUGGCGAAAUGCGGCAAGAAGUGGUGAGCAAGAACCUCGUCCUUGCCGGCACGUCGACUUGGACAAUCAUCAAAGAAGUGGCGACGAUGCCCACAUACCGCAGUCGAUUCCUCCUCGGCCUCGCGAUGCAAGCGUUUGCCCAGUGGAGCGGUGGCAACGGCAUCACUUAUUACAUUCCCGAAAUUUUUCGCCUCGCCGGCAUUACGAGCAACCGCGCACUCAUCAACGCCGGGGGAUACGGCGCGACGAAACUCGUCUUCACCAUGGUAUUCACGUGGGGGCUGAUAGACUACUUUGGCCGCCGACGCUGCUUCAUGACUGGCCUGACCAUGCAAUGCGCGUCACACGUCUACAUGGCCGUCUACAUGGCAAUUUGGCGCCAUGGCAACAAUCGAAUUGCUUCCGAGGCUGCCAUUGCGUCGGUGUUCAUCUAUGCCAUUGGCUGGUCCAUAGGUCUCUGUACGGUCCAGUACCUGUACGGCACAGAAAUCCUGCCCACGCGGGUCCGAGGGGUGUGCUAUUCGGUGAACAUGAUGGUUCAUUGGUUCUUCCAGUUCGCCGUUGUGCGGACCACGCCUGCGAUGUUCGGGAACCUCGAUGUCUGGGGGGCUUAUGUCUUUUGGGCGCUCGUGUGCUUGAUUGGUUUAGUUGUCCUCGGCCUAUGGGCGCCCGAGACGAAGGGGGUUCCGCUGGAAAGAAUGGAGGAGUUGUUUGAAGGUCCGUGGUACAAGACGUGGAAGGCCAAGGUUGAUGUGGACACGAGCAAUCGCGGGGAGUCGUUGCCUAUGCAAACCAUAAGGGACCCGGUGGUUACCGGCAUGGGAAUCGCAGCAAGGCAUUGA